AUGAAUCGAAUCAAUCUCAACAUAAGCCAUAUGGCUUUGAUAUUUAUCAGUUCAUGGAUUUAUCUAUCAACUUAUUCAAUUGUUGCUCUUUAUGCUGAUGAAUUUGAAGAAAAUUCUCUCGAUUUUUCUCCUUUGUCAAAUGAAGAUGGUUUUAUCGAUAACCUGGGUAGUUUAUGGGAAAAUACAUGUCCUCCUGAUGCUGUAUCAUACACAGAACUAUCACAUACUGUAAUUGAGAAUCGAUUAGAAGGAAAUCUAUGUGAAAUUCGAUUUAGUCCUGAAAUCAUGACGUAUUGUGAUGAUACAUUACUAAUUGGAGAAUCGACAAUUUUAAAAUUAAUCAUCAGUAUACAAAUUAGUUUCUAUGAUCAAUUCGAUAAUAUUUUAGUUGAUAAUUUCGGUAAUCUCAUACAAUAUAUGUCACAUCCUCAUGAACUUGGACAUCUUAUAAAUAUUUUCCAUACUGAUUUUUCAUUUUAUUAUGCAAAAUGUCUCUUAAAUUUACAAUCGAAUUCAAAUUUUGAUUUAAAUAAUCUUUUCUUUCAUUUUUCACCUUCAUCAAUUGGUAAUACAACAGGAAUAAUCAAUGGUCCAACUAUAUUUACUGUUGGUUUGGAUCCAAAUAUUUAUACUGUAUCUAUUAAAUGUCCGUCGGAUGCUACUUGUAUGUGGAUGUUAGAUAGAAAAGUGAUCUUUACCAGUCCAAAUACAAAUAUUACAUUAGCAUUCAAUGAAAAUGAUGUUGGCAAUCGAACAUUAUUCUAUGUGAAAUUUAUUAAAAACAAAUGUACAAUUUUAGCAUCACUUUUACUUCAUCUUUUGCCAAAACUAACAACUUUAUCGUCAACAGCACUGACGACGUUAAUGACAACAAUUGAGACAAAAGAAGUUCAAUGUCGUCAGCCAUGCAGUUAUAUAUUUCUUCCUCCAGAUGUUUAUGAAACUGACGAUGAUUUAUAUUCUUUGAUAGUAAUUGAUCUGAACGGGGACAACAGACCUGAUAUUGUGGCUGUGGGUCAUUAUUCAAAUGUAGUCUACGUUUCUCUCAAUGAAAAGAAUGGUACCUUUCCCCUUUUCACUAAUUACUCUCUUACUGACACACCGCGAUCAUUGGUGGUAAUAGAUGUUAACAACGAUGAUGCAUCUGAUAUUGUUAUUAUAACCGAUGAUAAAAUCAAUGGAGGUGGCGGCGGCAUUAACAUUUUACUGAAUUUAGGCAAUGGUUCCUUUUUUCCUCCUUCUAAUUACCAACUUGAAUUCAGUCCUUGGUUAUUAUCAGUAAAGGAUCUGAACGACGAUAAUGUACCUGAUAUUGUUCUUGGAGGCAUAUCUAAUAAUCACAUUGAGAUUUUAUUGAACUUAGGCAAUGGCACUUUUAUUCCCUCAACUAAUCACUCUCUUAAUAAUGAACCAACAUCAUUGGUAAUAAUGGAUCUUAAUAAUGAUACUGCACCUGAUAUUGCAGUUGCAAGCAAGAAUUGUAAUUGCGUCGAAAUUUUCUUGAAUCUGCGCAACGGUACCUUUUUCCAUUCUGCUAAGUACGUUGUCACCUCUCCAAAGAUUUUAGCAAUAAAAGAUCUUAACAGCGACGGUGCACCUGAUCAGGGUUACCAACUGUACCCCAUUUGGGGGUACAGCACCCCAUUUGAACCUUUUGCACCUCAAAAAAUUUUGUACCUUUGGGGUACGUUUUUUGUACCCCAUUUGCGGUUUUGA